AUGCGUAUCCAGCAAUUCCUCCCUCUUUGUGGCCUCCUACUUGCCAGCGUUGCUAUCGCAUCCAAAUUGGACCACGAUGACGUCCCCACCCGCUGCUGGCCUGCCUGUGGCUCCGUUGUCGGUAUCGCCAAGAGUUGUGAUGCCCAGCACGAACGGGAUUCGGCUGAGAUCCAAUGCAUUUGCGAUUGGGACGCUGCCAGAACUCAGAUUCCGCUCUGCUCCGCCUGCAUCACCCAGUAUCAAGCCGACAGGCGCAACCACAACAUCACCCAUAACGACCAUGACGACGAUGACGAUGAUGACGAUGACGACGACGACGACGAUAACGAGGCCCUUGACCUGGUCCACUCUUGCUCGCUCACCACGACUACCUACAACUCUGCCGCCACUACUGUGACUGGCACAUCUACCACCACUGCUGGUUCAAAUACAGCAACCGUCACAGACACUUCUAGUACCAGCGGAACCAACAGCCAGGAUUCGACUACGUCUGUCUCCUCGGGAUCCUCUGGUUCCGCUGAUGCCUCCUCAGGCUCUGCGUCCUCUCCCACACCUACUCCUGAUACUGCAGCUGGUAUUUCUGCUCCCAGCGCUGCAUACAUGGCAGGUGUCAUGGGACUGAUGGCUUUUGCUUGGCUGUGA